AUGCGUCGAUCCGUUCUCGCCUGUUUCGUGCUGCUCACAUCAGCAACUGUUGGCGCAGUGAGUGUGGCCAAAAGCACCGACAAUGACAUUGUGCUCAAGGUGUCCGCAAACAAGGUGAGUCCUUCCGAACUUAACUCUAUCGCUCUUUUUCUCCUCAGAUGGAACUUAUGAUCAACGCGGUUUCAUAUAUCAUAGUUUGACUGGGUUUGGGAACAUUCUAAACACAAAAAGAGAGUUCUGCUCCUUUAUGAAACUGCAGUACGUUCUUCCAAGACAGUAAUCCAUGGUCAUUGACCACCCAGUUCUGUCACCCCUCAUAAACUGCCAGUUCCUAAAGUUGUAAACUGUCUGCCUUGACCCGUAUUCUUCCGAACACUUUCCAUCUUUCCAGCAUUCCUCUCGUGACACCUAUCACUUUUCCGGCGAGUGGCUCGAGUCUCCGUGGGGUGACCUCUAUCAGUUCCGGGCCGGCGAUCAGAACUGGCUGACCGCCCGCGAACACUGUCUCUCGCUGAACGCCGAUCUCGCAGCCAUCCGGAACGUCGAGCAGUUGGUACGCGGCUUUGCCCAUUCUCGCCCCUGUUAAUCGCACGUGUUCAGGACUGGAUCUUAUCGCAUUACGCCCCUCUUUCGUCUCGGUUUGCGCAGCGUCUCGUGCAGGUUGGCUGCUAAAACGGAAAUCCCAUCAAAUCUUGUUAUUUGUUCAGAUUGGACUGUAUGCUCCGGAAGGACAGACGCAUGAAUGGAAGUGGCUGGACGGAAAGGAGAUCAACACGACUUUGUUGGUGUCUUCCGCUUCUAUUCAAUGCUUGACACGGGUCAUUUCAGACAAUGGAGUUCCGGCGAACCUUACGAUCAUUCCAUGGAAGGAAGGGAACGAUGCGGACUGCUAAACGUGGAGAAGCGACAGUUGGAUGACGUGGACUGCGAAUCGACGCCUUCUGAUCAUCACGCACUUCGGUACAUUUGUCAGAGGACAAGCGAGAAUCACAAGCAGGUUCGGAGAUAAACAGAGAGUCCUAAUGAGUCACCCGAUUCCCGUUUAUUUUAGCAACAGCGAUCCAACAACUACAUCUGGCAGAAAAUCGAAAAUCUGUUCAGUUUCUUUGGAAUCGGGUCCACUGCCACUCCACAUAAUGCGACGGUGUCGAAUGAUUAUGAGGACGAAGUGGUGAAGAACGAGACAAAGUCAGCCGCCGUAAAGUUCUCGGACAGUGACGAGCAAACGUCGAGCGAAGAGGAAGAAGAGGUCAUCAAGACACUGGCUGCGCUUCCGAAGAUCGAGGGAUCCGGCGAGUCGACGACACUAAAGGAACUGCAAGAGCCAGAAGGAAGCGGGCAGAUUGUGGAGAAGAAGGCGAUCGAGACACCGGGAGAACUGGUGGAGGGGGUGGACGAGGGGAAGCUGGACAAGAUGAUCAACAAGAUGGAGGAGAUGAUCAAGAGCAUCGACGAUCUGACAGUGCCCCCGGCCAGCAGUCUGGAGAGAACGACAGUUGGAACUCCGGUGAAACAGGAAGAGGAGAAGAAGAAGAAGGAAGAGGAUGAGCCCGCGAAAGGAUUCGAGGAGAACAAAGUGUCGGAGAACAUUGAGGGAGACUUCGAUCAGACAAAGUCGAAGGACAUGCCAAAGGCUGAUAUUGUGCCGCCAAAAGAGGAAGAUUGUGAUGAGGACGGAUCGGGAAGUGGCGAGGAGCAGGAGGAUGAGAAGGACGAUGACGACGGAAAGAAACUGGAGCUGGCGCCGGAGAAGGAAGACAAGAUCAAGGAGUUUCUGGGUGUGCUGAGACUGUUCCUUGACCGUGCCGAGCAUGGAGACUUGAGGUGAGGGCAUGAGAAAUGAAAGAGAAUAGGUUUGGUCUCAGAAAACUUCUGGAUGAUCAGAGUGGAAAGACGCUUCUGGAGAGAAUGAAGAAUGCUGUGAGAGAAGCGAACAAGAGAGAGUUUGAAAUGUUAGAAAGCAUGGAAAUUGCGAAGAAGAGCGGAGAAGAAGAGAAACUGACGGCAAAGAAGGAUCAGAUGAGCACGGAGGAGCAGAAAGAUCUGUACAAGAAGAUCAGUUCGGCAGUGAUGAAAGCGGCGAAGGAGCAGAAGAAAGAGGAGAAAGUGCACGAUGGUGAGGGCACGGAUUGAGUGGAAGCAUACGAACAUGUUCAUUUCAUUUCAGAGCCCGCAAUGGAAAAGUUCAAUAUUGCGAAGGAAAAGGUCGAUAAAGAGGACGAGUCGGAGGGGACGCUGGAGGUGUUAAAGUCUGCGACGGAGGGAAAGGAGCCGACGGAGAAGGUUGGCGACGAUGAUUACUAUGGGGAUUAUUUGGAUGACAACAAUGUGGUCAAGGUUCAGAAUCGAGAUGGAGAGAAGAAGACGUCGGAAGAGGAGCCAGCUCAGAAGGACGAACCAAAGUUGGAAGAGGAAGUGUCCACGGCCGAGCCUGAAAAGAAAAAGGAAGAAGCGACGAAUACUUCUGCAGCACCGGAGAAGGUGGAAACGACGACUGAAGAAGUUAAAGAGGAAAAGAAAGAGGAAGAAGUGACCACCAAGGCCGAGUCUGAGAAGAAAGAGGAGCCGACAUCUGAAGCACCGAAAAUAGAAGAAGAGAAGACUUCUGCCGAACCGGAGAAGGUGGAAACAACGACCGAGGAAGUGAAAGAGAAGAAGAAGGAGGAGGAAGAGGUGACCACCGAGGCGAAGCCAUCUGAGAAGCCAGCCGAAGCUGAAGAGGACGAACUCGAAGCUUCCGGACAAGAAGAAGACACCACGACUUCUGAAUCGACGAUUGUUGCAGUGAAGGAAGUGUCCGCCGAGGAGAUUGAGAAACCGACAAAGUUGGAAGCGAAACAGGAUUCCGAUGAUGUUCCACUCACGGCCGUUCCAAGCACUGAAGCACCGACGACUACUUCCACUGCACCGUCAUCUUCUGCGUUCGCUCGGACGACGACCGUUCCCAAGAAAACCACUCCAGUCACUGUGGCCGUUCGUAAAGUGAGCGAAAAAGAGAUGGAGAAGCUGUCGAAGCUGGAGGCCACCGAGAAGGUCACUCUACUGCCCCCGCUGCCCACGUUCACCUUCCCAACCCUCGCUCCAUUCACUUUCCCGACUCUUCCGACCCUUCCCACUACAAAGCCGACUCCCGCCCCGAAAGUUCCCACUUUGGAAGAGAUUUUGGGCAACUUGAAUGAUCAAUUCAAGAAGCUUCUGUCGCCACCAAAGCCAUUGCCAAAGUAA